AUGACCAUCCACUUCCUUCCCCUCUGUUCUACACAUAGCGAAGAGGAGAGAAGGCGAGCUAGAGAGAGAGCACCGGGAGAAGAAAGGGAUUUCUUGUUCUUGCUGCCAGCGAGAGCUCGUCUUUUUGGUGUUCUUGAGAGAUUUGUUCUUGUUGAUCGCCAUGGCAGGUGAUCUUGCGAUGGCCACUGUUCUCUCCCUGGGCUGCGCCAUGGUGGGCGCCCCGGAGGCGCUCCGCCUCUUGCUGGACCUCGCCGGGCAGAGCAGCCCCAUCGCCGGCGUCGUCGUCAUCGUCGGCGUCAUCUGCGCCGUCACGGCCGCCACCGUGCUCGGGGCUAUGCUCCUGGUCCGCUUCAUCCGCGUCGCGGGCAAUGCCCCUGACCCAACCACGGAGCGCUUCGCGCGGGUGACUCUGACGGUGGCCGUCGCCGUCGCGCUCCUCGUCGCUGCCUGCCUCCUCGCCGUCCCCACCGUUCCCUCCGCCACGUUCGCCCGCGCUUGAUACGAGGCUGUUCUUCACUUCCCUGUGGGUGUUUGUCAGUGUGUGUGUGAUUGCUCAGCUCUCGUCUCUCGACAAGUUUACAGCUUUUACUCCAUCACCUGUGUGGUUUUCUACUGUUUAUCUCGCAGCUAUGUGAUGUUAAUUGGCGAAAGCGAUUGAUCUUCUGAGAUCAGAGCUGAAUUUUGAAUGUGUCGAACCAAUUCGAACAGAGCUUGUGAUACACCAUAGUACAUCCUAGGAUGAUUUCCUUUUCUUGACGAAUCCGAAAAAAGGCGCCCCGUAUUCGUGUUUGGUUUGUUCAA